GACUUUUGCCGUUUGAUCUAAAAUUCUUAAUCUCGAAGUGCCGAGAAAUUCAGACGUUAGCGACGAGGUGUGCUUAUUGCAGGAGCCAACAUGGGUCCUAUGAAGCUCCUCCAUUUCUCACGUCAAAAAUUUUACGUUUUCCUCGUACUUAUUUCAAUCUUUCUUUUCUUCACCCACACUUCUUCCACCAAGAAUCAUAAUGAACACUCGGGAAAUAUCAAUUACGAGUGCCUACGUACCGGAUUCAGGUUGUUGGAUGCUGACUUUUUCAAUGAUACUAAGAUGCUUGAGAUUGAGAAUGGUGUCAAGGAGCUAAACAUACCUAUUUCCCGAGCUAAUCGAAAAUCAGUUGCUUCUGUUAAUGGUGGAUUAGAGAAUCCAUCUUAUUUAGUUUUCAGUUUUGCUUGGAACAUUGAUCAUGCUCCAAAUGCAACAGAACGAUUCAGUUAUCCCUCUUUAUCAGGUGUACAAAGGCCAAAAAGCGAUGAAGAUAUUGCCUUCAUGAGUAUUCUUGAACUUGGGCAGCUUAUUAGGACUAAACUAAUCACAUCUGAGGAGCUUACUGGGAUCUUUCUAAAGAGAUUAAAGAGAUACGGCCCUGUUCUUGAAUCUGUUGUCACUAUUACGGAAGAAUUGGCUUACAAGCAAGCAAAACAUGCUGACCAACUACUAGCACAAGGAACUUAUUUGGGUCCUCUUCAUGGUAUUCCAUAUGGGCUUAAGGAUAUUAUCGCCGUACCCCAAUACAAGACAACUUGGGGCUCUAAAUCUUUUAAAGAUCAAGUGCUUGACAUUGAAGCUUGGGUGUAUAAAAGGCUUAAGUCUGCUGGGGCAAUUCUUGUUGGAAAGCUUGUGACGGGUUCACUGGCAUAUGAUGACAUUUGGUUUGGGGGUAGAACAAGAAAUCCGUGGAAUAUUGAGGAAUACUCGACGGGUUCGUCAGCUGGCCCGGCUGCCUGCACCUCUGCUGGUAUGGUUCCAUUUGCAAUUGGUUCAGAAACUGCCGGAUCUAUAACUUAUCCUGCUGCUCGUUGUGGGGUGACUGCAUUGCGUCCAACUUUUGGAACUGUUGGUAGAACUGGCGUAAUGAGCCUAUCUGAGAGCUUGGAUAAACUCGGCCCUUUCUGUAGAAGUGCUUCAGAUUGCGCAGUUGUUCUGGAUUGCAUCCGAGGGAAGGAUCCAGACGAUCUGUCUUCGCGGGACAUCCUUCUUACUGACCCAUUUUCUGUUGAUAUAGAGAAGCUAACUGUCGGAUAUCUUGAAGAUGCUGAGAUGGAUGUUGUCCAGGUGCUUCAUUCAAAGGGCGUCAAUAUGGUUCCUUUUAAGCUUAAUUACACUGUGGAAUCUGUUCAAGGAAUCUUGAAUUUUACAAUGGACGUGGAUGUGUUGGCUCACUUUGAUGAGUGGCAGCGAGCUCACAAGGAUGAUGAUUAUGAAGCUCAAGAUCAGUGGCCUCUUGAACUUCGCCGAGCAAGAGUAAUAUCUGCAGUAGAUUAUGUUCAAGCGCAGAGAACUCGCGGUAAACUAAUGCGAGAAAUAAGAGAGAAUUUCAAAGUUGAUGCAUUCGUUGGAAAUGCUACAGACUGGGAACGGGUUUGCAUGGGAAAUCUUGUAGGCUUGCCUGUAAUUGUUGUUCCAACUGGAGUCAAGAAAAUAUCCGACGCCCCUUCAAAUGAUACCCGGAGGAGAACUACUGUGACUACUGGUAUUUAUGCACCACCAGACCAUGACCAUGUAGCAUUGGCAUUGGCAAUGGCUUAUCAAUCGGUCACAGAUCAUCACAAGCAGCGUCCACCUAUUGAUGACCUCGGGCCAAAUGAUUCGAUUCCAAACCCUACCAGCGCUGUCGUACCUCCCAGACAAUUGCGUUGAUACAGUUUCGCUUGUGGAAACUUAAAACAACUGCAUGAUUCGGGAAACUGUCAUACAUUGAACUAUUGUUAUCGCACAAGUAAUAAUUGCAUUGCAUUUCGAUUUGAAGAAAAAUCAGCUUGAAGUUGAUCUUCCAAUUCAUCAAAUUCAAGGACUCUGUAUCCUAAAGAGUUAGUGCCUUGUCACAUUGGCUAAUAUUUUAAGGUUUACAUUAUGAAAUGUGGAAGAACGGUGAUAAAAACUGGUGUGACCAGUUAUUUCCAAC